AUGGACGCCCCCCGAAGGGACAUGGAGUUACUCAGCAACAGCCUGGCGGCCUACGCACACAUCCGUGCGAACCCUGAAAGCUUUGGUCUCUACUUCGUGCUGGGCGUCUGCUUCGGCCUGCUGCUGACUCUGUGCCUCCUGGUCAUCAGUAUUUCCUGCGCACCCCGCCCGCGACCCCGCGGCCCCCCUUCCCGCCGUGACCCCCGUAGCAGCACCCUAGAGCCCGAGGAUGAUGACGAUGACGAGGAUGAGGAGGACACUGUGACGCGAUUGGGACCUGAUGACACGCUGCCAGGAACCGAGCUGUCCCAGGAACCUGAUGGACCCCUCAGCGUCAACGUCUUCACGUCGGCCGAGGAGCUGGAGCGGGCUCAGCGGCUGGAGGAGCGGGAGCGGAUCCUAAGGGAGAUCUGGCGCACCGGGCAGCCGGACCUGCUGGGCACUGGCACCCUGGGGCCCGGCCCCACAGCCACUGGCACCCUGGGCCGCAUGCACUAUUAUUGA